UCGCAUCCCGCAUUUUCUUCUACCCAAGCUCUAUCUUCUUGCUCUAUCAGCUCUAAUAUUUUCUUGAAACUCCAUGUGGAGACCUGCAACUCGUCAAAUCACAGGGACAAACGAUGUACCCUUAGGUCAAAGGCGCCGAUUUGGACCAGCACCGGCAGAAGAUGCUGCUCCUCCACAGCUCGCACAAUUAUCACCAUCCGCGUAUCCUCGUCAACAUGAUAUUGAAACUCCUGGAAAGCGUGGCCGAGAAGAGUCUCCAGCAAACGGAGACCCUAAGAUUGAUUCUAAUGCUCCCCGCAAACGACGUAGUCGUUGGGGUGAUGUAAAGACGGAAAUUCCUGGUCUGCCAACCGCCAUUUCUGCCGCCGGUGUAUCCCAAGCCCAACUUGACAACUAUGCCAUCCAUCUGCGACUAGAAGAGAUUAACAGGAAACUUAGAUUGAAUGAUUACGUGCCACCCGAGCGAGAAAGAUCCCCUUCCCCGCCCCCCACCUACGAUGCACACGGUAGAAGGACUAAUACUCGUGAGGUUCGUUACAAAAAAAAGCUCGAGGACGAGCGUAUUAAGCUUGUCGACCGUGCCAUGAAAAACGACCCCAACUUCCGUCCCCCAGUUGAAUACCAUCAACAAAAACGCUCUCAGCGUCCUUCAGACAAAGUCUACAUCCCCGUUAAGGAGUUUCCUGAAAUCAAUUUCUUCGGUCUUCUUGUUGGCCCUCGCGGGAACAGUUUGAAGAAGAUGGAACGGGAAAGCGGUGCGAAGAUCAGCAUUCGAGGAAAGGGUAGUGUCAAGGAAGGGAAAGCGAGGCCUGACCAGUACGCAGAUGAUGCUGAGGAGGACCUGCAUUGCCUUGUUAUCGCUGAUUCUCAGGAGAAGGUGGUUGCUUGCGUGAAGAUGAUCAACAGAGUCAUUGAGACUGCGGCUUCCACUCCAGAGGGCCAAAACGAUCAUAAACGUAAUCAACUCCGAGAACUCGCAGCGUUGAAUGGAACCCUUCGCGAUGACGAAAACCAGAUAUGCCAGAAUUGCGGUGGCGUCGGUCACCGCAAAUAUGAUUGCCCAGAACAGCGCAAUUUCACUGCGAACAUUAUCUGUCGUGUAUGUGGUAGCGCUGGACAUAUGGCUCGUGACUGUACUGUCAAUAAAGAUCCUAACGCGGUAGUUACACCUCCACCUCCGGGACAAAUGGGAGGUCCUGCGAACGGUGGGCGUACGUUCGAUUCGGACUAUGCGAGUCUGCUGGCAGAACUGGGAGAGUCUGGAGGUUCUGCAGGAGAUUUGUCCAAGCCAUCUUGGGCCGCCGGCCCCAACGCUGGGCACGAUAUCACUGGGGGUGGGAUCAAUGUUCCUCCAUGGCGUCGGCCAGAGAAUUGGCAGACGAAUGUACCACAACAGCAGCAGGGUUACCGACCUCCCACGCAGGGUGCUCAGGGUGGCUACGGUGGCUAUGGUGGUCAGAGUUGGGGCGGAUACCCACAGGCACAACAGGGCGGUUAUGGGCAGCCUGAUUAUUCUAGCUAUGCCUCCUAUUAUCAAGGCCAAUAUCAACAACCAGCGGCCGCUUGAUCAUGAUUCACCCCCUUCAGCUCGAGAGGAACCUGAUCUAGCCUUUAACCUGACCCUACCUGAUCAGCUCACCAUCGUGUCUAACUCAUUCGUAGCUCGCAACAACAGCCAUUAUCGAAAACUCAUGUAACGACUUCUCACUUCUUUCUCACUAGCUUUCUUUCCUUCCCCGACCCUCUUCACUUCUCCCUCAUCUAAAGUUUUUCAGCUGUUCGAAUAGGUCUCAGUCCGAGAACUUCUCGAAGGGCGCUGAUCGAGGAACAUGUAGGCGCUCUCCUAACGCUAACUUUAUUGCUGAAAGCUGUGGUCCUAACAACUUACUCCUUUUUCACCCUGUAACCGAAUAUAUGAUCGAUGGUGACUGAAGCUUCGUUCGUUUCUAUAUCAAUAAGCUCCAUUCUGUACACCAGCAAGUACGAGCAAUCAUUAAUCACUAGUCCUAGUCGACCCA